GAAAGAAUUCCCAUUGAUGAAGUGUUUGAGCAACUGAAAUGUACCAGAGAAGGUUUAAGUUCAGAGGAAGGAGCCAACAGGCUUCAGAUAUUUGGCCCCAACAAACUAGAGGAGAAAAAGGAAAGCAAAAUUCUCAAGUUUUUGGGGUUCAUGUGGAAUCCAUUAUCAUGGGUCAUGGAAGCUGCAGCUAUUAUGGCGAUUGCGUUGGCAAAUGGUGAUGGGAAGCCCCCAGAUUGGCAAGACUUUGUCGGUAUUAUGUGUUUGCUUGUAAUCAACUCUACUAUCAGUUUCAUUGAAGAAAACAAUGCUGGAAAUGCUGCUGCGGCUCUUAUGGCUGGUCUGGCUCCUAAAACUAAGGUGCUUAGAGAUGGAAAAUGGAGCGAGGAGGAAGCUGCAAUUCUUGUUCCAGGAGAUAUCAUUAGCGUCAAAUUGGGAGAUAUCAUCCCUGCUGAUGCUCGUCUUCUUGAGGGUGAUCCCUUGAAGAUUGAUCAGUCUGCCCUUACUGGAGAAUCACUUCCUGUGACAAAGAAUCCUGGGGAUGAAGUUUUCUCCGGUUCCACUUGCAAACAAGGAGAAAUUGAAGCUGUUGUUAUAGCCACUGGAGUUCACACUUUCUUUGGGAAGGCUGCGCAUCUUGUCGACAGCACCAACCAAGUUGGUCAUUUCCAGAAGGUUCUUACUGCUAUUGGAAACUUCUGUAUUUGUUCCAUAGCAGUUGGAAUGUUAGUCGAGAUCAUAGUUAUGUACCCAAUUCAGCACCGCAAAUAUAGAGAUGGAAUAGACAAUCUUUUAGUGCUUUUGAUCGGAGGUAUCCCAAUUGCCAUGCCAACAGUCUUGUCUGUGACAAUGGCUAUUGGAUCUCACAAGUUAUCCCAACAAGGUGCCAUUACUAAGAGAAUGACUGCCAUUGAAGAAAUGGCUGGUAUGGAUGUUCUUUGCAGUGACAAAACUGGGACCUUGACACUCAACAAGCUAAGUAUUGACAAAGCAUUGAUUGAGGUGUUUGCAAAGGGUGUUGAAAAAGAUCAUGUGAUCUUGCUCGCUGCAAGGGCUUCUAGAGUGGAGAAUCAGGAUGCUAUUGAUGCUGCCAUGGUUGGAAUGCUUGCUGACCCGAAAGAGGCAAGAGCUGGUAUAAGAGAGGUGCACUUCUUGCCAUUCAAUCCAGUGGACAAAAGGACUGCUUUGACUUACAUUGAUAACAAUGGCAACUGGCACCGAGCAAGUAAAGGUGCCCCUGAGCAGAUCUUGAGCUUGUGCAAUUGUAGGGAUGAUAUCAAGAAGAAAGUUCAUGCAGUUAUUGAUAAAUUUGCUGAACGUGGGCUUCGAUCAUUGGCUGUUGCUAGACAGCAAGUACCUGAGAAAACAAAGGAAAGUCCUGGUGGUCCAUGGGAGUUUGUUGGUUUGUUGAACCUUUUUGAUCCUCCUAGGCAUGAUAGUGCAGAAACCAUCCGCAGGGCUCUCAACCUUGGUGUCAAUGUUAAGAUGAUUACUGGUGAUCAGCUGGCCAUUGCAAAAGAAACCGGACGAAGACUUGGAAUGGGAACAAACAUGUACCCAUCUGCUUCUUUACUUGGUCAGGACAAGGAUGCAAGCAUUGCCGCUCUUCCAGUGGAAGAGUUGAUUGAGAAGGCAGAUGGAUUUGCUGGCGUGUUUCCAGAGCACAAAUAUGAAAUUGUGAAGAAGCUGCAAGAAAGAAAACACAUUGUUGGAAUGACUGGUGAUGGUGUCAAUGAUGCACCAGCUUUGAAGAAGGCAGAUAUCGGUAUUGCUGUUGCUGAUGCUACAGAUGCUGCACGAAGUGCAUCUGAUAUUGUUCUAACAGAACCUGGAUUGAGUGUUAUUAUCAGCGCCGUGCUUACUAGCAGAGCUAUCUUCCAAAGGAUGAAGAACUACACUAUCUAUGCCGUUUCCAUUACUAUUCGUAUUGUGUUCGGUUUUAUGCUUAUUGCUUUGAUCUGGAAGUAUGAUUUCUCUCCUUUCAUGGUUUUGAUUAUUGCCAUCUUAAAUGACGGAACAAUUAUGACCAUCUCAAAGGAUAGAGUGAAGCCAUCACCUUUGCCUGAUAGCUGGAAACUAAAAGAGAUAUUUGCCACCGGAGUUGUGCUUGGUGGUUACUUGGCACUGAUGACUGUCAUAUUCUUCUGGGCUAUGCAUGAUACCGAGUUCUUUUCUGACAAAUUUGGAGUAAGAUCUUUACGCAACAGUGAAGAUGAAAUGAUGGGUGCUUUGUACCUCCAAGUUAGUAUUGUAAGUCAGGCUCUCAUUUUCGUUACUAGAUCUCGCAGCUGGUCCUAUGUUGAACGACCGGGUCUGCUCCUAAUGUCUGCUUUCUUAAUUGCACAACUGGUUGCAACUUUGAUUGCUGUAUAUGCCGACUGGGGUUUCGCAAGGAUUAAGGGAAUUGGCUGGGGAUGGGCUGGUGUUAUCUGGAUUUACAGUAUUGUGUUCUAUAUUCCACUCGACCUCCUAAAGUUUGCUAUUCGUUACAUCUUAAGUGGAAAGGCCUGGAACAACUUGCUAGAGAACAAAACUGCAUUCACCACCAAGAAAGAUUACGGUAAAGAGGAGAGAGAAGCUCAAUGGGCUCUUGCUCAAAGAACUUUACAUGGGCUUCAACCACCAGAAACUGCCAGUAUCUUUAAUGAAAAGAACAGCUACAGAGAGUUGUCCGAAAUCGCUGAGCAGGCCAAGAGACGAGCUGAAGUUGCAAGGCUUCGGGAGCUUCACACACUCAAAGGACAUGUCGAGUCAGUGGUGAAACUGAAGGGUUUGGACAUUGACACAAUCCAGCAACAUUAUACAGUGUAA